ACGAUAUUCAGAUUUUUUGAGAUGUACCUGUACCUCAAAUGUAUGAUUGGAUUUAGAUCAGUCUUCUGAUUGGUUUACUCAAUGAUUUGCUGUAGCUUUGAUGGGGUACUUCGGUUCAUUGUCAUACUGGAAGGUAAAUUUCUCUCCUAGUUUCUCAAGGACCAGCCAUGGUACAGUAUAUUGGCCAUACUGUACACCACACCUUCUCAUGCCUUAUUGCUUACAUGUAAAUUAAUUCAGUUGUUCCUCUUGUAUUUAACUUCACUUCAGUUUAAUUAAUUUAGCUGGAAUUGUUGGAAUCAUACCCCCCAUAUGGGUGCAAUGCCAUGUCUUCAAACAGCUCAAUUUCUCUUGGAGUCUUCUUUCUGUUGUUCUCUUUUAAGAUCACAUCGAUCAUUGAUUUCCUAGCCGUGUCAGAGAAAGUAGACAGAUUCCUGAAUGAUAGAUGAUGAGAGUGAAUGUCAUCACUGUAUUUUAAUGAAAUGUAUUUUGGUGUAUUAUUGUUCUCCUACCUUGACUGAGUUCAGAAAAAAAAAUAUGAUUUCAUACUCUUUAUCUAUUAUGUGUAACUAAAGCAUAUUCAGACUCAAUUUCAAGUUUAAAAGUUUUAUUUGGUCACAUGAUGUUGAGAGUGCUGUAACAUGCUUGUGUUUUGGCCUCUAAGGAAUGCAGAUGAUUAAAGUAACUCUAACAUAAUUACAAAAAUGUAAUUUAGAAUCUAUUAUGGGAGUCUGCACAUAUUAGCCAGUCUAAGUAGAACUGCAAAAAUACAAAAUUCACAUAAACUGAAUAUAAAUGUGAAUGCCCAAAUACACAUAAGGACGGUUGUUUCAAUGGGGUUCAGAAUGGUUUAUCACUCAGAUAUUGUCAUGUUUAAAGACUCAGAGAUGCGUUAGCUGGCUUAGAAAGGCCUCUGAAACUCAAAAGAAACCAACCAAAGAAAACACAUCAGGAAGUGAAUUUGUGCAUCACCAGGUCCUUUUAACUAGAUGAUGAUUGCUCCUUUCCUGAUUACAGAGAAAGAGGGAGAAAAAAACAGUGUUGACAAUUGAAUCAGAGGAGCAUUAUGUCCUUCUGAACUGAAGAUAUUUGGGCUGAUAACAAAGCUCUUAACUUGUAGAACAGGAAACAUCGUUUCCGCAUUCCGUAGGGGACAAACCUUUUUGUGCUGCCAGUCCUUGUGCCAUGUAGAGAAGCACUUUUAAACAUCCAAACACACAUUAGAAAUCUACAUAUGAAACGUUUUGGUGGCUUGAUUUUAUGGCCAUUUUAUCUUUGUUAUCUGAAUUACUUAAAUGAUAAGUUGGGGAUCAGCCAUGGACAGGGGCCUAAAUUACUCCAAAUGGGUCGAGAGGCGAUCAACUGUGGUGUAUGCAAUGCGUUCUGCCACAUUCGGCACAUGGCGGAUGUUGACUUUGGGUGCGGAAUAUAGCUCUUGGGCCCGAUCUCCCGAAAGCCUUCAUCAACCACAGCCAGUGGUAUGCCAGAGCUCUGCCGAGACCACCAGCAUCAACAGUGAGCAGUCAUGGGGAGGGCAGAAGAAGGAUGCUCCUCUACAAUAUGAUGCAGUCCUUCAACUUCACAUGAGAGCUGCUCCUGCAGGGGGAGGUGGCAAGCAUAACAUCAUUCAUAUACAUAAAGCCCUCAACAGCACACCAUGGUCCCAGCCUAACAGAAUGGCUCGCUUCACAGAAGAUCUACCUACUCGCUAUGGAUCUGGAGGAGCAGGCAGAGGUGCGCCGGGCGCAGGCAGAGGGGGCGCCCGUGCGGGUGGUCCUCCAGGCGGCCAGAGGAUGUACAAGCAGUCGAUGGCCCAGAGAGCCAGAACAAUGGCCAUAUAUAAUCCCAACCCUGUUAAACAGAACUGCUUCACUGUCAACCGAUCCUUAUUCAUCUUUCGAGAGGACAAUCUCAUUAGGAAGUAUGCUAAGCGAAUAACAGAAUGGCCUCCAUUUGAGUACUUGAUCCUGGCCACCAUUAUUGCCAACUGCAUUGUUCUGGCCCUGGAGCAGCAUCUACCAGCCAGCGACAAGACCCCUAUGUCAGAACGCCUGGACGACACUGAGCCCUACUUUAUUGGAAUAUUCUGUUUUGAGGCUGGCAUUAAGAUCAUCGCCUUGGGCUUUGCAUUUCACAAAGGCUCGUACCUCCGCAAUGGCUGGAACGUAAUGGACUUUGUGGUUGUCCUCACUGGGAUCCUGGCCACGGUGGGCUCUGACUUUGACCUGAGGACUCUGCGGGCGGUGAGGGUACUGAGACCACUCAAACUGGUUUCUGGCAUCCCUAGUCUUCAGGUGGUACUGAAGUCCAUCAUGAAGGCCAUGGUGCCUCUGCUCCAGAUCGGCCUGCUGCUUUUCUUUGCUAUUGUCAUGUUUGCCAUUAUCGGAGUGGAGUUCUACAUGGGCAAGUUCCACACCACCUGCUUCAAGGUUAACACCAGUGAGCGGACGGCUGCAUUCCCCUGUGGCACCGAGGCUCCAGCCAGGAUGUGUCCUAACGGCACGGAGUGUAAGGAGUACUGGAUCGGCCCGAACUACGGCAUUACCAACUUUGACAACAUCCUGUUCGCUGUGCUCACUGUCUUCCAGUGCAUCACGAUGGAGGGCUGGGUGGACAUCCUGUACAGUGCCAACGAUGCCUCUGGGAACACCUGGAAUUGGCUUUACUUCAUUCCCCUCAUCAUCAUCGGAUCCUUCUUCAUGCUUAACCUGGUCCUGGGUGUUUUAUCAGGGGAGUUCGCGAAAGAGAGAGAACGUGUGGAGAAGAGGCAGGACUUCCUGAAGCUGAGGAGACAGCAGCAGAUAGAGAAAGAGCUGACUGGAUACCUGGAGUGGAUAUGCAAGGCAGAGGAGGUGCUGCUGGAGGAGGAAGAUGAGAACGCUGAGGAGAAGUCCCCUCUGGACGGUGCGUGGUACAAGAGGAAAACCAACCUCCCAGUGUUGAAACGAGGCAAGGUCAAGAAGAGUAAGAAUGACCUGAUCAAUGCCGAGGAGGGAGAGGAUCGCUUGACUGACAUGUCCUCCGCUGCUCCCCCAGGCUCUCCAUUUGGUCGGGCCAGCAUCAAGAGUAGUAAGCUCGACAGCUCGUCCUACAUCCGUCGCAAGGAGAAGAGAAUCCGGUUCUUCAUCCGUCGCAUGGUCAAAGCACAGAGCUUCUACUGGAUUGUGCUGUGUCUGGUGGGCCUUAACACACUGUGUGUGGCCAUUGUCCACUACGACCAGCCUGAGUGGCUCACUACAGCGCUCUACAUGGCAGAGUUUGUUUUCCUGGGUCUGUUCCUGUCUGAGAUGAGCUUGAAGAUGUACGGCCUGGGAGCCAGGAACUACUUUCACUCCUCUUUCAACUGCUUUGACUUUGGUGUGAUAAUAGGAAGUAUACUUGAAGUGGUUUGGUCAAUGAUCAAACCAGGGGCGUCGUACGGCAUUAGUGUGCUAAGAGCUCUUCGACUGCUACGGAUAUUCAAAGUCACUAAGUAUUGGAAUUCACUUAGGAACCUGGUGGUGUCUUUACUUAACUCCAUGAAGUCCAUAAUCAGCUUGCUCUUCCUCCUCUUCCUCUUCAUCGUGGUCUUUGCCCUGCUGGGCAUGCAGCUUUUUGGAGGACAGUUUAAUUUUGAAGAGGAGACACCAACAACCAAUUUCGAUACCUUCCCAGCAGCCAUUCUCACUGUCUUCCAGAUUCUGACUGGUGAGGACUGGAAUGCAGUGAUGUAUCAUGGCAUUGAGUCCCAGGGGGGCGUGCGAAGGGGAAUGUUUUCUUCUGUCUACUUCAUCGUUCUCACACUGUUUGGAAACUACACACUCCUGAAUGUCUUCUUGGCUAUUGCCGUCGACAACCUCGCCAAUGCACAGGAACUCACCAAGGAUGAGGAGAAGCAAGAGGAAGAAGCCAAUAAGAAGCUGGCGCUACAGAAGGCCAUGGAGGUGAAAGAGGUCAGCCCAGUGUCAGCAGCCAACAUCUCCAUCGCUGCUUUUGUAAAGCAAAAUCGAGAGGCACUCUCUCGCAGCUCCUCCGUCUCCAGCGGUCAUUCACCUAAGGAGCAGCAGAGAGCCAAUAAGAUGAUGUCAGUGUGGGAGCAGCGCACCAAUCAGCUUCGUCGAAACAACCUGAGGAACAGCUCCGAGGCCCUGUUCAACGAGCUGGACCCAGAGGAGCGCCAGCGUGUCUCUUCUGCCCUCCACCUGCACCCCGAUAUGAAGACACACAAUGACCGCCCCCUGGUGGUGGACCCCGCCGAUGUUGACAACCUGCGGCCACCCGAGGAGGAGAGAGACGGAGUUGACCCGCGGCUGGAGGUAGGCGACGCGCACGGCCCGCACCCACACAAGCACCACCGCCACCGGGAGAGGAACGGUGAGAACGGGGAGAGCAGGCAUCACACCCACCACAGCCGCGGUAGAGACCACGACCACUCAGAUGGCCCGCGUGCCAAAGACGGCAAAGGGGAGCGCAGCCAUAGUCAAGAGGUGGGCCAGGGCCACAGGCACCAUCACCAUGCUGGCUCCCCAGAAGAGAAGGGGAACGGAGGAGGAGAGGAGAAGGAGCACCGCCACCACCACUCGCACAGACAGCUCAGAGAAGGAAACGGGGCCCUAACGAAUGGGGCCAGGGGAGAGAAAAGACUGCGGGGCUCCAGGGAGGGGAGCGGAGAGGGGAACGGAGAGCGGAGGAGGCACCGCUCACGCAUGGUCCGGGCCCAGUCAACACUGGACGGAGAAGGGUGCCGGGAGAACGGAGAUGGGGACCAAGGUCAUCGGGACCGGCGGAGCGACUCUAAAGGGGAGAGCCUGCCCACGAGCCCAGUGCAGCCUCCUGCAGGCCUGCAGGUUGGAGGAAAGCCAGAGGAUGCGGACAACCAAAAGAACAACCACAGAGCCAGCCAGGCAGGCUUCAACAGCAACACUGUACAUAUCCCCGUAACCGUCAUCGCUCCGUCCAAAGGCACCACCGUCAUACCCAUGAAUAACAUUGACUGCGAGAGCCUUCCCAUGAACGAGGAGAAGAAGGACUUGGAGGAAGAGGAGGAGGAGAUGAAGAAUGGCCCCAAGCACAUUCUCCCCUACAGCUCCAUGUUUGUGUUUGGACAGACCAACCCGUUGCGUCGGCUGUGUCACUAUGUGGUGAACCUACGUUACUUUGAGAUGUGUAUCCUAUCAGUCAUCACUAUGAGCAGCAUAGCCCUGGCAGCUGAGGACCCUGUGCAGGCUAAUGCACCCCGCAACAACGUGCUCAAGUAUCUGGACUACGUCUUCACAGGGGUGUUUACCUUUGAGAUGGUUAUUAAGAUGAUAGAUCUGGGACUUCUCCUCCAUCCCGGUUCUUACUUCCGUGACCUGUGGAACAUUCUGGACUUCAUUGUCGUCAGUGGAGCUCUGGUGGCGUUUGCUUGCUCGAGCCUCAUGGGAUCGCAACAAAGCGUGGCCAGAGGAACUAAAGGGAAGGACAUCAACACCAUCAAGUCCCUCCGGGUGCUGCGUGUCCUCCGGCCUCUGAAGACCAUCAAGCGGUUGCCCAAACUCAAGGCUGUGUUUGACUGCGUUGUUAACUCACUGAAGAACGUGCUCAACAUCCUCAUCGUCUACAUGCUCUUCAUGUUCAUCUUCGCCGUGAUCGCAGUGCAACUGUUUAAGGGCAAGUUCUUCUACUGCACUGAUGAGUCCAAAGGUCUGGAAAAGGACUGCAGGGGGAAGUUUCUGGACUAUGAGCAUGAGGAUGUGGCAGCCCAGGAUCGUGAGUGGAAGAAGUACGAGUUCCAUUAUGACAACGUGCUGUGGGCGUUCCUCACCCUCUUCACCGUCUCCACCGGGGAGGGUUGGCCAAUGGUUCUAAAGCACUCCGUGGAUGCAACAUAUGAGGAUCAGGGUCCCAGCCCGGGCUUCCGAAUGGAGACCUCUAUCUUCUAUGUGGUCUACUUUGUGGUCUUUCCGUUCUUCUUCGUCAACAUCUUUGUUGCUUUGAUCAUCAUCACCUUCCAGGAGCAGGGCGACAAGGCCAUGUCAGAGUGCAGCCUGGAGAAAAAUGAGAGAGCUUGUAUCGACUUUGCCAUCAAUGCCAGGCCCCUGACGCGCUACAUGCCGGCAGACAAGAAGUCAUUCCAGUACAAGAUGUGGGAGUUUGUGGUGUCACCGCCCUUUGAGUACUCUAUCAUGACCAUGAUCGCACUCAACACUGUGGUGCUGAUGAUGAAGUUUCACGGUGCUCCAGAUCUGUACGAGGCCAUGCUGAAAUACCUGAACAUUGUGUUCACAGCUCUCUUCACUCUGGAGUGCAUUCUUAAGAUCAUCGCUUUUGGACCAUUGAAUUACCUGAAGGCAGCCUGGAAUGUGUUUGACUUUGUGACAGUACUGGGGAGUAUCACAGACAUAUUGGUCACAGAGAUUAACAUGCAGAACAAACUGAUCAACUUGAGUUUCCUGAGGCUGUUUAGGGCGGCCAGACUCAUCAAGUUGUUGAGGCAGGGCUACACCAUCCGAAUCCUGCUGUGGACCUUUGUCCAGUCCUUCAAGGCCCUGCCUUAUGUCUGCCUCCUCAUCGCUAUGCUCUUUUUCAUUUACGCCAUCAUCGGCAUGCAGGUGUUUGGAAACAUUGAGCUUCAUGAGGAAUCGGCCAUCAACCACCACAACAACUUCCAGACAUUCUUUCAGGCUCUGAUGCUUCUGUUCAGAAGUGCAACAGGAGAGGCGUGGCAUGAGAUCAUGUUGUCCUGUCUGAGUAACCGGCCAUGUGACAAGCUGUCCGGGUCAGGAGGGAAGGAGUGCGGCAGUGACUUUGCUUACUUCUACUUCGUCUCCUUCAUCUUCCUCUGCUCCUUUCUGAUGCUCAACCUGUUUGUGGCAGUCAUAAUGGACAACUUCGAGUACCUGACCAGAGACGCCUCCAUCCUGGGGCCUCACCACCUGGACGAAUUCAUCCGCGUCUGGGCUGAGUAUGACCCUGCUGCCUGUGGCCGUAUCACCUACCUCGAUAUGUACGAGAUGCUCCGCCACAUGUCCCCUCCGCUGGGUUUGGGAAAGAAAUGCCCGCCUAGAAUCGCCUACAAGCGACUGGUUAAGAUGAACAUGCCCAUCGCAGAUGACAACACGGUGCAUUUCACAUCCACUCUUAUGGCUCUCAUACGUACCGCACUGGAGAUCAAACUGGCAUCUGGGGUCCUGGCCCAGCGCCUGUGUGACGUGGACCUGAGGAAGGAGAUCGCCCGAGUCUGGCCCAACCUGCCUCAGAAGACUGUUGACCUCCUCGUCACGCCAUAUAAAAAUGAUGAGUUCAAUGAGGCCCUUUGCCCCUUUGUGGUAGUAAAUCGCGAGCUGACCGUAGGCAAGGUCUAUGCUGCCCUCAUGAUCUUUGACUACUACAAGCAGAACCGGGCAAAAAAACUGGAACAGCAACUGGGACUGGACUUCACCGGAACAAUUAAGAAUAAAAAGGGUCCAGCCUUCUUCCGCUCCAUGCCCAUGACCCAUGUGCAGGAGGUGACCCCAAUCAACACUGCCAAGCCCCCGUCAUUCUCCCAGCCCGAUCCCCCUCCCUCCACCACCUCUCUAACCAAUGGGGACGCAGUACCAGGUCCUAGAAGUGCCAUAAAAGACUCAGUUUCAGGACAGCCGUCUCAGGAAGGCCAGUGGUCUGGCAGUAGAAUGAGGCCGUUACCAAGGGGACAGUCAGAGGACAUUCCUUGCUCCAAAAAAACUCAGGACUCAGUGGAGAUGGAGCAGGCGGAGAACUGUCUUGACAGUGGGGUCUACUCCGGUCUGAAUGGCCACGGCAGAGCAGCCUCCAUGCCUAGACUGGACUCCCAGUACUAUCGGAACCACCCUCGCCACCUACCUGGGACCUACCUGGCACCUAUCGCUGACGUCAGUCCUAUCAGACGAUCAGCAUCCACACUGGCGUCCCAGCGCCCCCAGGAGGUGAGUCUCAGGGACUACACCCUGGAGCGCCCAAGCCAGGCCCUGGCGCAGGCCACCUCAGGCCCAGGCCAGACCCAGGAUAGACCCCACCACCAUCAUCACCACCACUGCUGUCACCGACGCAGGGACAAAGACCGGGAAAAGAAGCAGAAGUCACUAGACAGAGCAUUCAGUGAGAAGCCUUCUAGUACAGCAGGUUCUCCUGCAGACGCUCCGGUGGAUGGCUGGUCAAGGGAACGGGCCAGGGAGCGUGACCGCAGCCGACCUCAGGAGAGGAGGCAUCACUCUGCAGCCGGGGAGAAGCAGCGCUACUACUCAUGUGAGCGCUACGGAGGCAGGGAGCACUGUCACACCAAGUCAGCCAGCCCCAGCCGCUCCACCUCCCCUGGAGUGACCCAUGACCUAGGACUCCUCAAGCAGAGUGUGGCCGUGGGUAAGGGCAGUCAGGUCCUAACCACGGUGGCCAGCGCACCCUGCCGUGGGCGAAGACAGCUCCCCCAGACCCCCCUCACCCCCCGCCCCGCCGUGGCAUACAAGACUGCCAACUCUUCACCCGUGCAGUUUGGUCCCGCAGGGCACCAGUCCCAUCUUAGCCAUGGCCUCUCGGAGCACGACGCCCUGCUGGAGUCAGGGCCCAUAUCCGUCACCUGUAUUGGCUCGGACACCGACCUGAGCCCCCAGCCGCGGGACAACCCUCCACGCGGCCUCCCCGAGGAUCCUGACGAAUUUCAGGACGCUGUGAGCAGCCACGGGGGAGCGAGCCGCACCACCCGGACCGCUCCAUCUGCCUCGGCCUCCCACGGGACUCCCGGGCCCUCUUCGGCACCUGCCCCACCGGGCCUGGCUGGGGUCCCGAACGGAUACCACUUUACUCUGGGGGUUAAUGCCAGUUCGAGCUCCAACAGCAGAGGGCCUGGAAGCUUCAGGGACAAGGAAGAGGAUGACUGGUGCUAGCGUAGCCUGUCUUACCUAGCGUCCCCUUUCACAUAUCUGAAAGCGUUUUAGCUUGAACACUGAGGAACUCGCUCAUCUUUUGCACAGGAGACAGUACCGUGUUGAUGUCAGUUUCUGUGUGCUCCUAGGUGACCAUGGGAGAGGGAUGUUUUCCAAUAUGUGUAAAAUAUUGAGACAAUUGAAAUAAAAAUAAUUGGUUGUGAUUUUUCCGCUUUUCUAUAAAAAGGACAGACAACACCUGCUAAGACAUUUCCUCUCAAUUCCCUUCUUGCACUUAAAUUAAAGCUUGUUUCGAUGGUGUGCAUAGUCCAGAGCACAUGUGAAAUCCCUGUGAGUGUUUUGCCUUGGUCAGUGAAAUCAUUGUUUUAGUAGAAAAAAAUGACAAAAUGUCUUCCUACUGUCUGUGGGGGAAAUCAACCAAGACUGUGAACUGAGUUUCUUUGCAGGUUUGAACAGAUACCAACCAUUCUUUCCCCCUCUUUAUCGAUCUAAAAUGGGGCUAUUGCUUGUCUAAAGGACAAAACACACUGUGCAAACUACGUUAAAAGCAGUAGUUAGCUGUCCUAUCACUUUUGAACCGAGAACAUUGGCUGCCAGUUCUACAUAAUGAAUCACCACUGUUAGUGGAUCUACUGUGCAUGGCCAAGGUUAUUUAUGAUGUGUCUUGUCCUUUAAUGUGUCUUCUAGCUCUGGAUUUGAAAUGAGAGGAACCAGGAUGAGACCCAAGUGUUGAUAAAAAUGCACUAUCACCCAAUCCCUUCCAUCUCUGCAGAAAGUCCUUUAGUAUUUCUGAAACUCUUUCUGCAAGAGCUUUGGGGUUUUAACUGAUAGAACCCUAUAUGUAUUAUAGUAAUGACCUUAGGGAUAGUAUAUGGUUAGGUAUCUGCUGUUUUUUAUUUUAUUUUUGUGUCACCAUGACAAAACACAUAAGGACAGAAUACUCAAAUGUAUUUUCUAUGGAACUAUAUUAGAUGGAAUAUCUUUUCAUUAUCUUAUUUUUUGUAAAUUGUACCUAGUGUAAAUUGGGUGUUGUUGGGUAGGUAUACUCUUUCUAACAUAUUGCUCUAGUGGCUAAAUACCAAGUGCCUAUCAUUAAAGAUGUGUUGUAAAGUUAUAAUACAGCCUGACUUUUCUGAUGUAUCAACUCUGUAGAUGGUGGAACGUAUGAUGAGGCAAGCCAAUACAGGAUGUAUGCUUAUGCCUAUGAGUAGAAAUAUACAGUGUUGGGGGAAAGUAUGCUCCCUCUUUCUGAUUUUCAUAAUUUCCACUUUUCAGCCAGUACCUAAUAUCAGAUUUUUCAUGUAUUUAAUUAACGAAGUUAUGCAACAACCAUUUCCUUUUGUGUAAAAAAGUCAUUGCUCAUUUACUUUGAAAUGACUGGUUAUGCCAACUUUAGCUGCAGUUACUGCAACCAAAUGCUUCCAGUGCUUGGAAGUCUCGCAGAGGGUUGUGCAAACUUUGCUCAGGGCAGCCUGGGAAGGACGAGUGGUUGCCAGACAGGGCUGCCUUACCAAGUGACACUCUAGCGAUUCUUCAUGAUAGGUCAGUCACUGCAAUCUCAAUUCUGGUUGUGGGCUGAGGUUCACCUCCAUCCCAUGUGUGCUGACGAAAAUGUCCAGGUGGAGCAAGCAGUGUGGUAAGAAGCAGGGUGGAUGGUCGAGAUGUUCAUCCAAGGACACGUUUUGAUCUUUGACUCUUCCACACCUGCAUUGGAGUGGCUGAAACAUGACAAAGCCAUAAUAGUCAGUAUAAAAAGAAAAUCGAGGAAAUAAUAGAAAUAUCAAGGUUAAAACCAAGGUUACUUUUGAAUAAUGUCAAUUAUUUGGGUCUUGUCAUGUCUUGCAAGGACCCAACAUUGCAUUAAAUUGUAAGACCUGUAUGGUAACAACGGUCAAUCAUAAUAGUGUAGUUUAAUGGUCAGGGGAUGCUGCUUUUAUGCCUGGACGACUUGCCAUCAUUAAAGACACCAUCAAUGAUUCUCUCUAUCAAACAUUUAUUAAAGAGAAUGUCAGGUCACUUGUUUGUGAGCGAGACUGAAACAGACCUUAUUCAUGCAGCAAGAUGAUUAUCCACAACACAGAAAUAACUACAUCCUAAAGGCAGAAAAUAAAAACAUAGAAAUGUACUAGUCAAAUACAAAACUUAACCUCAACCGGGAUGUUGUGUCUGUUGCCUCAUGCAACAGAAAAUCAGAAAGGGGGCCAAUACCUUUUCACAGCUCAGUGUUCACUUGUAAAGCUAAUAUAUGUUUACAGAAUUUAAGGACUACAGUAUGAAUUGCUCCUUUAGCAAGAACAGCUUUUUUGUUUGAAUCACCAAUGAAGAAUGCAAAAAAUAAUAUUCUUGUUUUGUAAUUGUUAUAUACAAUAUUGGUAUAUAAGUAGGCUAGGUCAGAACUACAGAUCCAAAGCAAGCAAUGUAAUGCAUGCCAGGGUCUUGAACCUGUCAGUUGUGUCUGUACUUUUGCUUAGGAGUGUAUACAGAGCUUUCGCCUUUCUCUUCCAAAAAUAUAUAGCACUGCCAGAGUGAGAUGGAAGGAAAGGUGGUUCCACAGAAAAAAAGUGCCAUUUGAAAAUAACAUAUUAAAAUAUCAUGUUUAAAAACAAUUGCCUCCAUAUCUAUAAGAUACCAAGUAGAGUCAUUGUACAGUUUGCCUAUGAAUUCGAUCACUUUUGCUCACAUCUCAUGGGCUUGUUUUCAUCCAAAUGUAUUUCUUCUGAAGGCAGGGUGGCUUGAAGUGUUUUGCUAACUGAUAUAUAGCCUACAAUGUUGUGUAUUCAUAGGUAUUGGAGAGUUGUGUUGACUGUUGAGUGAUCAAACUAGGAUUAUGCAACAAGACAACACUUAAACUCUCUCCUGCCCUAUACAUUUAUGUUCUGGGGUCUCUGGAUUCAGGCUUUAGCAUGAUUGUGACCAAAUUAUACAUAGGAUUUAUUUAUAAAUUUUUUACAUUUAUUUAUAAAAAAAAUGUAAUAUUUAGUAUAUUAUGUACAUUGAACAUUUUGAGCAUUUAUGAAGACAGAAUACAUUUAAUUAUGUCUAAUGGGGGAUUUUAAGUUGAAGUUGAUGGCAUGUAUCAUAAUCAGUAGAAUGUGUUUGUUUUUAUUGUACUGAAUCAGAAAUCGCAUUAUUUAUUUUGUUUUAUACAUUCUAAUUAAUUGUGCAAUCUAUCUGAUGGAUUGUAAAAAGGUGAAGUGUUUGACUUUAAAUCGGUCUUCAAAUGUGAACAUGGCUAUUUGUAGGGGAAGAUACAGUAGCACUGUAAAUUGCAGGAAUCUUCCUUUGGACUCCACUUGUCCCUAUACGGUGCCAUGGUGUGGAAGAAAUUCAUGUAUUUCUCAACAUUUGUGAAUAGUCCUUUCUUUUUUUACUUCACCCACCCUUACCCAGAUCCUAAUUAAAUAGGGUGUCAAAUUUAAAACCACACCAGUUUGUCUCUUCAUACCUCAUCCUGUUUUUCUGUGGCUUUAUUCCCUGGACAUGUCAUAUGUGUGCAUGUUUUGAAAUGUAUGUGCACGUGCAAAAAAGAAAUGGAUCUUCAUAAACUGCAUACUUUAUACAAUCCGUUCACUGGUUGUAUUUGUUGAAGCUCUUUAAUUCAUAUGUUUUUGGAAAGAAAAAGAGCUUGAAUAACAACAUUUAUCAAAAGUGUUGAACUACAGUAUAUUUGAACCAUUAUACUCUGUGAUUAAGUAGAAAAACGGUUCUCUUCUGAGGUUCUGGAGAAACUGGGUCCUUUGCUGCCUGAUAUGUUAUAUGACUGUCAAACCUACAGUCAUUUCUAUCAUUACAUUUUGUAUGAAUAGAAGUCCUUGA